AUGUCGCCACUGACCAGCGCUGCCCCUAACGGCAGUCCCCUCAAGCCGAUCCAGAUCCCAGCCCUCGGCCUCGGCACCUUCGAAGCCGCCGCCGACGAUGCCGGCCGCUGUGCUCGUGCCGUCUCGCACGCCCUGCGAACCGGCUAUCGACACAUCGACACGGCCGCCGCCUACGGGUGCGAGGCAGAGGUCGGCGAGGGGAUCCGCGAUAGCGGCAUCCCGCGGGGAGAUAUCUUCCUGUGCACGAAGUUCUGGCAGCAGUGGCACGCUCCCGAGGACGUGGCGAGGAGCCUGGAUGAGAGCCUCGCCCGCCUGCAGACCAGCUACGUUGAUCUGUACCUCAUGCACUGGCCGCUGGCGUUUGAGCGCACCGACGACUACGAGAUCAGGACUCGUGAGGAUGGGAAGCCGGUGGUCAAUGAGGAACUGUCGUCGAACCAUGAACCAACGUGGCGGGCAAUGGAAGAGCUGGUGAGAAGAGGGAAGACAAGAGCGAUUGGGGUGUCAAACUUCAACGUCGAGCAAUUGAAGAAGCUCUUGAGCUUUGCCAGAAUUAAGCCGGUUUGCAACCAGGUGGAGGCCCAUCCGUGGCUGCCGCAGAAGGAAUUGCUGGAGUUUUGUCGCGAGAACGAUAUUGCCUUUGUGGCAUACUCUCCAUUGGGGAGCCAGAGCGGCCCGAAAACGAUGCACACUCUGACGGCGCGUUUACUUGAAGACGAGACGGUUGUGGAAGUUGCUCAUCGACUGAAGACUGGGCCGGCACAGGUCCUACUGGCUUGGGCAAUUCAAAGAGGCACCGUGGCAAUUCCAAAAUCAAGCAAUCCGAAGAGAAUUGAUGACAAUCUUAAGGUGAUCGAGUUGGGGAAGAAAGACUUUGAUUUGAUUGAUCAGAUUACAGUUCGGGAUCCUUUGAAGCGAAAUCGGUUGGUCAAUUUUGACACCGUAUGGGGUGUGAAUUGUUUUGGGGAUGAGUAG